AUGAAUACCAUUCGGAAUCCAGACGCCAUGAAGUCUCAAAACCCCCGCCGGGGACGUCAUGUUUCACGACCUCCAUCGCUCGCCUCCACGGCAGACGUUCAUGCAUCGCGCUCGCGCUAUCAGUUGAAGAAGAAUCAAACAUUUCACUCGAAAAGCCCCUCUUCGUCCGAUGAUGAGGAUCCCCUCGCGGACCUAGCCUGCUCACCUCGUCGCUCCUCGACCUCCCCUGCUGCCCUUCAAGCCAUUCUCGCCGGUCAGCAACGUAUGAACAAACUUUUGAGUCGCUUCGACCUAGAUUCUAGCGACUCAGCGCCUCGACAAGAGCGCGACGGCCUCCCAGUUCCCAGGGGUUAUCUUGACAUUCACUUCGAGCGCUCACAAUCCGGCAAAGGAGAUUCCUUCCAUUACGACCUACGCAGAGGCCCCUCGAGGAAGGAUUCGCAGACCAAGGUCAGGAAGGUGCACUGCCACCCUUCUGAUAGUGGUCUAGGAACAUCAAUUAGCAGCUGUGAGACCGCAUCCGCACGCCAAGCCAAAGAGAGCCGCUCAAAGACAGUCACGCGCACACAGUCGGCUAUCACUAGCUCUUUAAUGGCUGUUGAGCCGGAAUCUGCUUCGAAGCAAAACCUCAGCCUCAGCGCAAGCGAGGAGAUUGAAAAGCGAAUCCUCGCCCCCCUACUCGGGCAGGAGUUUUGCAAGCCCUUCCAUCACCUUGUCGAGAGCGCUCGCGAGCAGAUCGAGAAGAAGCAGAUUGGUACUCUUCGUGAUCUUGAGAAGUCUCUCCUCCACGGAGCUGCUGACGUGGAAGCGGAGGUUGGCUCUUACUACCAGUUCUGCAGUUCUACUAUCUUGUGUCUGAGUGAGACGUACACUCACCUGGACCCCCGGGACCUGUGUAUCCCUACGGAUAAGAGCUACAGCAACUCGUACUUUCUCGACCUCACUGCCCAGGUCCACCGUUUCAAGGCCAUGCGGGACGAGGCUCGCAAGAACAAGAAAGAGGCAUCUGAGCUCAAAUUGACCCUGGAGGGCGGCAUGAGCCAAACGGGACGUCCUCUUGAGCUCGUCGCACAAAAGGAAGGCCAGGCGGUCUCUAUGCAGACUGGUGAGGCUUAUGAUGCCCACGCUCCACCCUUGGUGAAGCGUACACUUAGUCUGAAUGAAGCGGACGAGGGUGCUAGGCGGUCUAUGGCUCGCCGCAAGAAGAACGCUCCCCCCAUGAACAUCAACACCAAGUGCUCUCACUGUGACAAGAUCUUCCAGAGACCUUGUGAUUUGACGAAACAUGAGAAAACGCACUCGCGUCCAUUCAAGUGCCCCUUUGAAGGAUGCAAGUACCACGAGCUUGGAUGGCCUACCGAGAAGGAGAACGAGCGUCACGUCAACGAUCGUCAUUCGACCACUCCCCGCAUGUACGCCUGCACGUUCAACGGCUGCGCAUACAAAUCGAAGAGAGAGAGUAACUGCAAGCAGCACAUGGAGAAGGCUCACGGUUGGAACUAUGUGCGUGCCAAGAACAAUGGACGCAAUGCUAAGCGGCGGGCUACUUCGGCUCGCGCCAGUCCAGCUGAAGACAGCACGGCUCAUUCGAGCCCACUGCACAUGAGCCCUGACCAAGUCAGCCCUGUUCAGCUGGCCCCCGCUCAGUUGGCUUCCCUCCAAAUGGCUUCGGAUAUCAGCUCUUUGCAGAUGACUCCGGACCAGGUCAACUUGCUGCAAAUGAAUGCUGACCAUAUGAGCCCUCUCCAAUUGAGCCCGGACCAUAUGAGUCCACUCCAAAUGACCCCCGACCGUGCCAGUCCUGCCGAAAUGCUCUCCCUUCAGAUGAGUCCGGAUCAGGGCAGCUCGGUUCAAAUGAGCCCACCCCAAGUCAGUCCCGCUCAGCUCAGCACACCGGCAACGGGCCCUCUCCAAUCCCCGGGAUUUGUCAACAACUAUUCGCAAAACCCGAUGUUGCCGUUGCAGGACCCGUACUCCCAACUGAAGCACGAAGACUGCGUCUUGUAUACCGACAAUGACUUUGCCCCUCUCAACGGAACGACAGACUUCUUCGAGGACGCCUCCUUCGGGUACGGUGAGCAUAUGUACCAGCCUGGCCAGAUGGACUUUAGCUCCAUUGGAGCUUUUUACGAUGACUCCAUCAUGAACAGCAUGCUCUUCGACACUGCUGCCAAUGGCAACAACAACAACUUCCCAGAUGAGAGCAUGUACAUGUUCAACCAAACGCAGAUGCCACCGUUCUAGGUAGCUCACUUAUGCUGCAGACGAAAUGUCGAAUCUGUUGGAUUAGUUUUCGGACACUCGUUUCAAUUGGCGUUGUUUUUUUCCUUUUUUUUUUUUUUAGCGGAUUUAAGGACUGGGAACUCAGAUUUACUAAAAGAAUGGCCACUCUCUACCCACAAGGCUGCACUAGUAGCCUAUGUUUAUUCUACAUUUCUACCAUUCGAGUUGUAUGUAUCAUUCAAGGAUAGAUUGCCCUCUCACUAGUCACGACCAUAGUUGAGAGCCUUCAGAAGCGCAACAUCCUUUUUUAUCACGGUUGGACCAUUCAUUCCUUUGCCUGUUGCCUUGAUAACGGCACAGUGCAGGCUGAGCUACAUGUUAUGGGACUUUGGACGAAAGCGAAUCUUGUUUCAAUUUUUACGAGUUAUUCAUCGAACAUGGUAUUUCCAUUCAGACCA